AUGGCACCUGCAGAAGAAACUCCCCAAACUACUACAACAAAGCCUCUUUCCCCUCGGACACUGAUAGCGCGAUAUGAUCAAUACUUCGACCCUUUUAGGAGAUCAUUUUCGACGACGCUUCGGAGGACGAGCAAGCCAAAGAAACCUAAAACAAAAUCUAGCAAGAAACCGGUCCUCGUCGUGAGGCGUCUUAUUGACAGCAAGGGACGCCAUAAUGGCACAGAGGUCGAUAUUAUGAGCACCGGAUUGCGAGACAUUAUUGCGGAAAUAAAUAAUGAUGUUCUGGGAUUCAGGAUUGCGGGAGAUACAGCGACAGUCGAACCGGAGGUUUUCUUUCAUUCUCGGAUGGGUCUUAUUGAACGACUGGUGAAAGUAGAAGCAGAAGAACCCUUAGAUGAGGCACUCGUAACCGAUCUCAAGACAGCCCUCAAUUUCAUGGAGGAGCACUUCUCCCGCAUCAUCACCGAGUUGCCGGUACUCCUUGAUCACUGCGAAAUUGUAUUUGAGCAUCUCUGGGCACUCCUACUUCCCAACACUUACGUCUACCACCGCAUCUGGUUAACGGAGCAAGACCAGAUUCUACGUGCCCGGACUUUCUCCAUAGAGUAUACGUCAAAUGGUACUCCGUUCGGUAACGUAGUGUGCGACAUCGUCAGCAAUGAUGGCGAAUCUUUUGGUAUCGCACGAGUUGAACUCCAAAUCAACUAUUUCAAGGGUUCAAGACAGAUACAGGAUCUGGAGGUCUAUCCUUUGGCAUUCCACCCGGAGAAGGAAGCUCUACAAACGCAUGCCAUUUCCCGUGGGAAGAAGUAUACCCAACUCACGGAGUCAUCUUAUUGUGAGGUCAGAGGACCAGCUAUAGUUGAAGUAGACGAAAAGCCGCGCAAGUUUAAUGCACACGGACACCUAAUGAUCGACCCCGCUGCGUUCCGCACAUAUGAGGCGAAUGCAGAUUACUUAAACAUACCUGUACGCAAAGGAUUGGACAGAGACUCGCUGACCGACGAACAACACAUGAUCUGCAACCCUGUUGCUCUCGGCUUCUGUUUUGGUACAAAGACUUGGGGUGGCUUUGCGAUGGAUCGUCUGAAAGACAUUAUCUGGUCUGACGAGACCUUCAAUUCCCUUGUUCUGGGCGAUACACAGAAGAUCCUUAUUCACGCUUUGAUUAAGCAGCAUGUUGUCCGUGCUGCACAGUAUGAUGAUAUAGUACCUGGGAAGGGAAGAGGCCUUAUCGGACUUUUGUCAGGAAACCCUGGUUGCGGAAAGACGCUUACUGCAGAAGCCGUUGCAGAGAUCACUCGCAGACCUCUAUAUGUCGUCAGCGCCGGGGAACUAGGAACUCAGCCGCCCGAAGUAGACCGAAUGCUCACGCGGAUCUUGGAGUUGGCACAUAGAUGGAAUGCUGUGUUAUUGUUGGACGAAGCAGAGGUGUUCCUUCAAGAGCGUAGCACAAAUGACAUCACGCGGAACGCGUUGGUAUCCAUCUUCCUGAGACAGCUCGAAUACUAUCAAGGCAUUUUGAUUUUGACAACCAAUUUGGCGGGACAGUGUGAUCGCGCACUGGAAAGUCGAAUCCACUUCUGCAUUUCCUACCCGGAUCUGGACUACGAUGCACGCAUGAAGAUCUGGAAGAUGUUCUUGGCCAAAGGUGCUUUGGACCCAGCGCGAGGCAUGAGCGACUUCUGCCUCGAUCGCCUCGCUCGACUGCGGCUUAAUGGUCGUCAAAUCAAGAACGCCGUGGCAAGCGCACAGUCUAUUGCAUUGAAUUGCAAUGCACCAUUAUCUCCGGAACACGUAGACAAGGUACUUGAGGUGCUAAGCGAACGGGAGAAGGCACGGAAGGGGUGUGAUAGUCAUUGAAUUCAAGUUUCGAAAACAGACGAGCUGUGACUCGCAUAUACCUUUUUCAUUGUGUGGGGAAUAUACAGCUUUGAUGACGCUCGGGUAGUGAGGUAUCAUAGUUAUUCUGUAUCAGCGUUGUGGUCGAUAUCGCCUUGGUGAGGGUAUUAUCGUAUUACCAGAGUGUAUGAUCGGAAGCUUUCCCGAUAUUUAGUGGCUCUAAGCUUGCUAAUGUUCGUCGUGUAUUAAGCCUAGGAUAGUUCAAAUCUUCCUCAGCCACGUACUGAAGAAGUGUAUUACUUGUAGAUCAAGCGGUUUGUGGCACGUCAGAGCUACUGCUAAGAAUUGGCG